AUGGACGCUAGCGCGAGUGCCUUAGUUGCUACCUCGACUCGGCUGCCGACGAUCGCGUCGCCCCCAUGUAUGGCGGUCGUUUCACCGUCUCCUAUGCGCGCCCGUGCGAAUCCCGCUUCGCUUGCGCGCUUUCACAGUGCAUCCGGCGUUCCCAGGAGGAGUUUGGCGCACAGGUCGUUGACUGCGCGCGGAGUUUGUGGUGCUGGCGGUAGCUACGCGCGGAGCUUCCGCCGACCUCCCGCCAUCUCUUGCGCCCUUGCGACCCCCCCGGAUCCCGCGCCCUUGGAAGGGUCAGCCAAGGCGCUAGGCGGGAUUCCCGUCCACCCCGCGGGAGGGCGCGAUUCGGGGGAAGGAAACACGAAGACUCUCGACGACUUGUUUGACUCGGAGGUGAAAUCGCGCGACGAGUUCGUGUGGGAAAAGAACUGGUAUCCUGUGGCUUUAAUCGAAGACCUCGACCCGAGCCGCCCGACGUCGAUCCAGCUCCUAGGCCGCGACUUGGUGAUCUGGCGCGACUCGCAGGGCAUAUGGCGUGCGCACGCGGACCGCUGCCCGCACCGCCUUGCGCCGCUCUCCGAAGGCCGAUUGGACGAAAACGGGUUGCUACAGUGCCCGUACCACGGUUGGUCGUUUCGAGGCGACGGAACCUGCGCGAGGGACCUGUAUUAUGGAUUCGAUACGCUCAUGGAGAACGUGUCUGACCCUUCCCAUAUCGAAUUCGCGCAUCACAAGGUAACAGGGCGCAGGGACCGAGCCAAGCCACUGCCCUUUACUAUCACAUCCAGUGGACCGUUUGGAUUCUCCGCGACCACCGAUACAAGCACACCCACUACAGUCACACCCGCUAAGAGCACCGAUACAAGCACACCUGAUACCACGUCGGCUGAAUUACCUGACAGCUCGAUCCCUCGGAUUUCCUCCUGGUUCAUGGCCCCUUGCUCUUUCUUCAGCCGAAUCGACCUCUUCCCCACCAUCCCCGUUAUAGGCAGGCAGCACUGGCAGCUGUGGAUCUGCUCCUUUAACGUCCCCAUGGGCCCUGGUAAAACGCGCUCUAUCGUUUGCAGCGCGAGGAAUUUCGCUCGGUUGACCGUCCCUGGGGGCAAGUGGUGGCAGCUGUAUCCGCGGUGGCUGGAGCAUCUGACAUCAAAUCUAAUCUACGAUGGAGAUAUGAUUGUGUUGCAGGGCCAGGAGAAGGUUUUGAAAGGGGGAGGAGGAGGUGGAGGGGGAAGGGGAGGAAAGGGAGGAGUGCCGUAUAGUAAGCUGACUUACACGCCUGCUGCUGCUGACAGGAUGGUUCUGGCUUUCCGGAACUGGCUUCGUAGGUACGGCGGCGGCGAACCUGCUUGGGACCCGAGCCUAACCGCAGGUCCGGGAAGCGCCGCACCUCUCCCAUCCACGGUUCUGUCGCGGGCAGAAAUGCUCGACCGGCUCGGGCAGCACACGGAGAAAUGCUCCUCCUGCCGGGCAGCUCUGAAAAAUGUGAGGAGGCUGGCUGCUGUGCUGGCAGGGGCGGCGGCAGUGCUGCUUGCAGCAGCAGCGGUGGUUCCUGGGGAGGUGGUGGGGGUUGGAGGCAAGGCAGGGUUAGCAGUGGGAGCGUUGGUGUCGCUGGCAGGUGCUGCUUGGCUUAAAUAUGAGCUUGAACCGCAGUUUGUUCACCGUGACUAUGUGCAUGCUGAUGUGGAGUGA